GCUCUCAUAAGCAUCAGCGGAGCUUCCGCGGAGCCGGGGAGCGGGAGCCCCCGGGCGCUUCUCCACUGGCUCCUCCCCUGCCACACGCGCCCGGGCCCCGGUCAGAGGCGGCGGGGGCCCCGGGGCCAGGCCUCUACAGCCCGCCGCCCGCCGGGGGUGAGAUCCCGUGCGGGGGCGGGGCAGGCCCGGCCGCCCAGUUCCUGAUUCUGCAAGCGGUGCCGGGGGCUGCCGAAGCCACAGGCGCGGGGACCGUACGCGGCAAAGAAUGGGCCGGCGCGGCGCGGCGAGCCUGCCCCGAGGCCCAGGCCCGCGACGGCCGCUCUUCCCCGGCGUCCUCCCGUUGCUGCUGCGGCUGCUCCUGCUGGCGGCCCCGCCGGGCGCAGGCGCCGGGGCCGGCCGGCCGCCGCACCUCGUCUUCGUGCUGGCGGACGACCUGGGCUGGAACGACGUGGGCUUCCAUGGCUCCAACAUCCGCACGCCGCACCUGGACGCGCUGGCGGCCGGAGGGGUGCUCCUGGACAACUACUACACGCAGCCGCUGUGCACGCCUUCGCGGAGCCAGCUGCUCACGGGUCGCUACCAGAUCCACACAGGUUUACAACACCAAAUCAUCUGGCCCUGUCAGCCCAGCUGUGUCCCUCUGGAUGAAAAACUGCUGCCCCAGCUUCUAAAAGAAGCAGGCUACACUACCCAUAUGGUCGGGAAAUGGCACCUGGGAAUGUUCCGGAAAGAAUGCCUUCCAACCCGCCGAGGAUUUGAUACUUAUUUCGGUUAUCUCCUAGGUAGUGAAGAUUACUAUUCCCAUGAGCGCUGUACAUUAAUUGAUGCUCUAAAUGUCACACGAUGUGCUCUUGAUUUUCGAGAUGGUGAAGAAGUCGCAACAGGAUAUAAAAAUAUGUAUUCAACAAACAUAUUUACCGAAAGAGCUACAGCCCUCAUAGCUAACCACCCACCAGAGAAGCCUCUAUUUCUCUACCUCGCUCUUCAGUCUGUCCACGAGCCCCUGCAGGUCCCUGAGGAAUACCUGAAACCAUACAAAUUUAUCCAGGAUAAGAAUAGACAUCACUACGCAGGAAUGGUGUCUCUUAUGGAUGAAGCAGUGGGAAAUGUCACGGCAGCCUUAAAAAGCCACGGGCUCUGGAACAACACGGUGUUCAUCUUCUCCACAGAUAACGGAGGACAGACUUUGGCAGGAGGCAAUAAUUGGCCCCUCCGAGGAAGAAAAUGGAGCCUGUGGGAAGGAGGCAUCCGAGGGGUGGGCUUUGUGGCAAGCCCGUUGCUGAAACAGAAGGGUAUAAAGAACCGGGAGCUCAUCCACAUUUCUGACUGGCUGCCAACCCUCGUGACCCUGGCGGGGGGAAGCACCAAUGGCACCAAACCUCUGGAUGGCUUCGAUGUGUGGAAAACCAUCAGCGAAGGAAGCCCAUCCCCCAGAAUGGAGCUGCUGCAUAAUAUUGACCCGAACUUUGUGGAUAUUUCACCAUGUCCUGGGAUGAGCCUGGCUCCACCAAAGGAUGAUUCUUCUGGCCCAGAAUAUUUUGCCUUCAACACUUCUCUCCAUGCUGCAAUUAGACACAGGAAUUGGAAACUUCUCACCGGCUACCCAGGCUGUGGUUGCUGGUUUCCUCCACCAUCUCAAAACAAUGCUUCUGUGAUACCCUCAUCGGACCCACCGACCAAGACCGUCUGGCUCUUUGAUAUUGACCAGGACCCGGAAGAAAGACAUGACCUGUCAAGAGACCAUCCCCAUAUUGUCAAGCAGCUCCUUUCCCGCCUGCAGUUCUACCACAAACACUCAGUGCCUGUGCACUUCCCAGCACAGGACCCACGCUGUGACCCCAAGGACACUGGGGCCUGGGGCCCCUGGGCGUAAGACUUCUUCAGCCCCGGGGUGUCACACCACCUUUCUGUUACAGGUUGGACUUCAGGCCUUUACUCCUGUAUCUCUCAUCUCAUUUUCUGUCCCAACUUGGGUUCCCCUGGCUUUCUCUUGGUCCUCAAUCAUGCUAAGUUAUCUCAUUGCAACCCCCAGUGCAUUUAAGAAGCUGAUAAAACCUGGAACACUCCUGUUGUUGGCCAGGGUAUGUGUCUGGGGGAGAGGGUGGCCAAGUUCAACCUCUUGUUCCUGAGCCGUGGGACAGCUGGGAACUUGACUUGAAAUAGGAAGUUCUUAUUGAGUCCUGGAGGCUGGAACAGCUGGCUCUUUUUGCCUUGCAAGUCAGAUGUUAGAUCUCCCUCUGCCAAUAGCUGGGUUUUAUUGGAGUGCCUCAUGUUCCUUGUAACAAAUGUAGGGAGCAGACAGUUUUUAAUGGUUCUGUUGGCCAGGGAAUCUCCUGUCUGUGAGAGAUCAUGUUCAGGCAUUCCAUGUGAAUAACCCUCCUUGGUUCACCCCUCACUCACUCACCCUGUCACUCAUCUCAUCAUGGAGCAUAAGGCCCAUUUCAUACUUACGGUCAGCAUGGCAAUAAGCCUGCUUUUUGGUUUUGGUUAUUACAAUAAAGAAAUGUGUUUUUAUCCCCAGUUUUUUUUUCCCCCAGCCAUUGCUCAUUUUGUCUAGACUUCCUGCUACCCCCUCUCCCCUGUGUUUCUUUUCCCAACCUCCUUUUGACUCAGUCAUCCUGUGCCUGGGAAGGCUGCUUUGCCUCUGCACUCUGAGCACCGCUGGUUUUUGGAAGACUGUUGUGCCCUGCCUUUCUCUGGCCUCUAAUGCUGAAGCUAGAGCCCUGCCCAGAGAAGGUAAUCAAGUCUGGCUCUGCAGACAUGCUCAUGGUGGACACAAAGGGGCUGGGCGGGUGAUGCUCAGGUCUGUGUCAUCUGUUUGGGGAAGACUUUUAUAAGUUGCCUAGAGUUUAUUGUCAUGGUUGUGGCUUUGUCUCAUAAUGUAUUACAAGUUGCAUGCUAUUCCUUAGCAAUGAGGAGAAACCCCGGGAAAUAGUAACUUUGUCUUGGGAUGUUGGAAAUGGGAAGUUUGAAAGGAAAUGGCCAGCAUCUGAGAUAAUGGGCCUCAGGAAAGCAAAGGAGGCUACAUCCAUGUUUCCCUUAUUUACACUUUUACUAUUUGUAUUGAGGUUCUGGGGUGGGGGAAAGAGGAUGUGCUGUUGGACCUGCCAGCCCUUUCUUAGUCCCACUGAUGUCCUACUAAUGCAGAUCAAUCCAGAUUAGCUCUCAAGAAUGUCAGACUCUGAGACCUAUGUGCAAAAUCUAUACUCUUUUUCCCAUGAGCUCCACUGUUUUUUUCACUGCUUGUCACCAAUGCCUGGACCAGUGCCUGUUACAAAGGAAUCAGUCGGUACUUUUUUUUUUAAAU